AUGAAGCACUCUCUUGGGCUCGUCGCCUUCGCCAGCUUGGCAAUGGCCUCGGAUCCCCUCCGUCGUGACUUCUCCCGUCUGUACCCCAUUCCGAGCCAGCCUCCCGAAAUCGAUGUCUCCGACACCCCCCGCCUGACCAUCCUGCCCGUCUCCUUCACACCCACCCUCUCAGACACCGGCACCGCAACCGAAGCGCCCACCACCAUGGGGAGCAUCACCGGAAAUAGUACCAGCACUGCUCCGGCAACCACGGCGACGCUCGCUACCGCCCAAACCACAAGCGCACCUGCCACCACUCCCACCAAUAGCUCAGCCCCGACCGCCUCGGCAACGUCCACUGCCACUCAGAGUCAAGUCCCCAAUCCAGCUGCGGCACCCGCUAUCCGAGGGACCUUCGCCGCUGCUGUUGUUGCCCUCGCUGGACUGGCUAUCGCCAUCUAG